GCAUUCCAGCCAUCUUGGAUCCUUCGUAGUUUUUCGUUACGCAACUGCGGAAGGUUGGGUUUGAUAAGGAAGCAGGCUGAGGCAUAAGUAUACAUUAAAUUUCCUGUCCAAAACCCAUCAGAAUGCUGAGGACUGCAGUCUGCCGUUUCCAUUCUGUAGUUCGGAGUGUUGCCAUACAAAAUGUGGCACGUACAACAUCAGUUUUACCUAGUCGUUUAAUGUCUCAGCAUUCAACGGAGACCGACGAUGAAUUCGACAGUAGGUAUGAAGCCUAUUUUAAUAGACAGGAUAUUGAUGGCUGGGAGAUCCGUAAAGCGAUGAACGACUUGGCAGGUAUGGACCUUGUACCAGAACCCAAAAUCGUUAAUGCUGCCCUUCGAGCAUGUCGACGAGUCAGCGACUUUGCGUUGGCUGUGAGGUUCCUAGAAACCAUAAAGUCUAAGUGUGGGAACCGCGUCCAAGAGAUUUAUCCGUACAUCCUUCAAGAGAUUCGACCAACUCUAGAUGAAUUGGGAAUCAACACCCCAGAAGAAUUGGGAUAUGACAAACCAGAACUGGCUCUCAAGAAUGUAUAUGAUAUGUAGGCAGGUGCAAAGACAUAGAAAGUAAAUAGUUGUUUUGGUGAACUGGAAAAAUUGUAAUAACUUUCAGCAUUGUGCGUAAAAGCCUCGUUAUGUAGAACAGUAAUGUGGCAUGAAAGUUUUGCAGUGUACAUUAUUUUCUUUCAAAAUGGCAACAAAUAUGUAGCUGGAAAAAUAAACCACAUUAAAAUCAAA